ACAGCACUAGUAAUGGAGAUGGACAGCAUUUACACUGGGCUGCAGAAACCCUCGGAGGAUGUCUACUCCACAGUAAACCAACCCCAGGGCAAGAGAGCAGGUGCACAACAAGGGGACCCCACCCUGCCUGUGAGUGCUGCUGGCAAAGCCUCUUCAUACAGACAGCCUGCACUGGUUCUCCUCAUCCUGUGCUGUCUCUUACUGGCUGCCAUCAUCUCCCUCGCUGUCUACCAUUUAAAAUCUCCUAAAGAAGACCAAGAAAAAUAUAUCGUCCAACUGAGGAAUGUUUCUUUAUUUUAUGGUCAAUUGGAGUCGAAGCACUACAUCUUGACCAGUCAAUACAGCAGACUCAAUGAAACCCAUUCAGAACUGCAGAGCAACUGCAGCAGACUCAAUACAUCACUAUCUAAAUGCAAACAAGAGAACGAGAAGCUGUCCCUGAAAUCCUCAAUCUUGGAUAAAUAUUGUCCUCUCCCUUUGAAUGACAACAACUGUAAGCUGUGUCCAGAGAAGUGGAUGCAGUUCAAUGGAAAGUGCUACUACUUCUCAACUGAUAAUAUGAACUGGAACUCCAGCCGUGAUAACUGCACAUCAAUGGGGGGGGCACCUGGUGAUUAUAGAGAGCAAGGCAGAGCAGACAACAACUGUAAGCUGUGUCCAGAGAAGUGGAUGCAGUUCAAUGGAAAGUGCUACUACUUCUCAACUGAUAAUAUGAACUGGAACUCCAGCCGUGAUAACUGCACAUCAAUGGGGGGGGCACCUGGUGAUUAUAGAGAGCAAGGCAGAGCAGGAUUUCUUAUCGAACCAGGCCGGCAGUAUCAAAUACUGGAUUGGACUGAAUGAUCAGGCUAUAGAAGGACAGUGGCGCUGGAUGGACAACACAACUCUAAAUCCUAAUGAAGCAUACUGGGGCAAAAGGGAUGAUGGUGUAGAACCCGAAAAUUAUACUGGAGAAGAUCCACUGGGGGAAGACUGUGUUCAUUUUGCUAAGUAUAAAAAUUUCACACCCAGCUGGUACGAUGCUUCCUGUACUAAGAGUUCAAAUCAAAGGAUUUGUGAAACAGUGGCAGCGAUUAUAAAACCAUGAUAUCUGUAAUCCCUCCCUCCCUCAAAACAACUGUAACAUCUAAUGCUUUCAAUCAUUUUAAUAUUCUUAUAAUAAUAAUUGACUUGAACUGUUUCUUGCUGAGAACUGAACUUUUUGAUGGAUGUAAUGUUUGAACGCUUUCAAGAGAGGUAGCACCUGUUCUUGUAAAAUAAAGGAGUUACUGACUGCUUGCCCAGUCCAGAUAAUCCUGAACAUAUUCAAGGUAAUGUUGAUCUAAUAGGCAUCUUGGUUAUCCUUUAGUUAUUUUUUUUUUAUUUUCACGCAGUGUUUUUAUAUGUAUUAAAUUAGAAUUGACUUUAUGAUUUUUAUUUCUAUAAACAUCUGCUUGAUUUAUUAUUGGUUUAAGUUUGAUCUGAUUUGAUUGCACUCGCUGAUGUCUGUGUUUCCUUUUUUUCGGUUGUUUCGGUUCUGCGUUUCCCCCUCCCCGAGUGCAUUGAUUGGCCAGCAAGAAUGACUUCUGUCUCCAGCCCUAGUUGUCAUAGCGAACCAAAGCCAAGUGAUGUCAUUGGCUGGUUUACAACCUGCUCCUCCAGUGGUCUGUCCUUUCUAAUUUCACCACGGCGUUUAAAUAAUAAUAAUAAUAAUAAUAAUAAUAAUAAUAAUAAACUUUAUUUUGUAUAACGCCCUUAAAAGCAAUCAUCACAGAGCGCUUCACAAUUAAUAGUACAGCAAUAAAUAAACAGAUUAUACAUAAAAAAAAGCACAAGGAAAUAAAACAAUCAUAACAAUCAUAAAAACGCCUUUCUAAAAAAGGAAGUCUUUAAAUUAGCUUUAAAACACUCAAAGAAGCCGAGUCCCUGAUCUCUAGUGGAAUAGAGUUCCAUGAUUUGGGGCAUAGCAACAGAAGGCGCAGGCGAGCAGAAGGGAUACACAACAGUGUGAGAUCAGCAGAGCGGAGGUUGCGAGUGGGAGGGUAAAAAGAUCAAAGAUCUGACAGAUAAGUCAGAGCUAGCCCAUGAAGAGACUCAUAUGUCAGCAUUAAAAUUUUAAAAUAAAUUCUAAACCUGAUAGGCAGCCAGUGCAAGGCCUCCAAGACAGGAGUGAUGUGAGCUCUUGUCCUGCGAUUGCUGUAAAGUGGAGUGGAAAGGGGCCCCUUUGACCCGAGGUAAACUACCAGACCGGACCAGACCAGACCAGACCAGACCAGACCAGACCAGACCAGACCAGACCAGACCAGACCAGACCAGACCAGACCAGACAUUUUAAUAGCGUGACACUUUGGUGUUCUUAAGGAGAAGCACAGUUACUACCGACCGGAAUAAGAGACCUGUUGGAAGGUGUUCAGAGGGUGUUUGGUGCGGUGAGUUUUUCGAGUGACACGUUUUGGACGUUAUGUAAAUUAUAUUUCAUAUUUGCUAUUCGCUUUUAGCUAUGUAAAGAAAAUCUCUGCUUGUACUGGGUCGAGAGUUUACCUCUGUUACAGUUUUAGUGCAUUGUAAUUUGUGAUUGGUGUGUAUGCUGCUGCUUAUUGUUUUACUGUAUUGUAUGUAUUUGUAUUAAGAUAUUUGGGUUUGUCUCUGAUUUUUUUAAAGGGGAAACUGGGUUGCAUAACUUGCUGUAUUGUAUUAAAUUAUUAUUAUUAUUUUUUUAUCCUCCCCAGAUGUGCAGAUACUGUAGUUGUGGGUAAUUAGUAUUGAUUUUGCUUGUCUGUAGUGGUUAUAGAUUUGUUUAAUUGCACAGAAGGUAUUUGGAGUUUUCACUGCUGUUUGAAAUUGUUUGUAUAUUUAUGUUAUUUCUAUUUAAUUAUAUGUUUCUUUUGCUUUAUGACUGCGCUUUUGGGAUUUGAUAUGACUGUAAAUUGACUGCAAUUUAAGAUUUAAGGCAAGAUCUAGCAAUAGCCUGGUGAGAACCGUUUGUGUUAAUGUGCUCUUGUAUCUAUUUUAUCCUUGUGUGUGUAAUAAACUUGCUGAACGUGAUACCUGCCUUGUUUCUCUUCAUCUCUCAUUACCUUCCACUGCCUCUCUCCUGAAUCAAAGAACAUUGUUUUAAUUGAAAUUCAUUUUUAUUGGUGGUGUUGUGCGCCCCUCCUCGAUUAGCAAGCAGGGCCUUACAGCUCAGCCCUCUUACCACUCUUUUUGGCGGGUGAAUCUCAAUUUUGUUUUAAAUAACUAUUUCUGGGGGUGCAAUUCCCUCAGUGGUGUAAUCAGCUAUAACAAUAUCUAUGCUAUUUCUGUAGUACUAGCCUUAUGAUUUAAGGGGUGUUACAUUCAUAUUAGAGAAAUGUGAAUCCAGAGAGAUAAUUGAAAGGAGCGCAACCUGCUGCUGCUGCUUCUCAGACAAUUCAUCACUUUAGUGAGAUAGUGCCUGAGAAGAACGCAAGUAAGACAGAAAGUAAGGGAGAUGAAAAGGUGGGUUAGCGAGCAGGACUGAGACACAGACUUGGAGGAUAAAACACAGAGCCAGCUGAUCUUCCCCGAAGCGACCUACUGUUGAAGGACAGACGCCUGUCGCCUGUGUUCCCUCUAGAAUCUGGGUAAUAUCCAUGUUCAGUGUUAUACUUGCU